CUUCACUUUUUUCUUUUUUACUUAUUAUAAUGUCUGAUCAUGAAGAUGUUGAUGCACUCUUUGAAGAUGAUCCUGGACCAUUAGAAGAAGUCAUUGACGAAGAUGAUGCAGAAGAUCUCAAAUUAGAUCAGGCAGAAAACAAAGUUUGGCUCGUCAAAGUUCCAAGGUUUCUUUCCGAGAUGUGGAAGAAGAUUGAUCAAGAGAAUGUGAGAUUAGGAAGUGUUCGUAUAUAUAAAGACAGUGCACAGCAAGGAAAAUCAAGUGUGUCUCUUGUCUUACCAGAUAACGAAACAACAGCGAAUAUUCCAAAAGAGUACAGCAUCAAUUUCAUAUCAACAGAUGUGCAGAAUAAGUUUGUAUUUUCACAAUCAGACCACGGCAAGGCAAUCAGCGGCACAGUGUACCAUGAAGGAGUAGCUGUACCUACAGAAACGAAUGCAUACAGAAACAUUAUGAGAAAGAGAGUGAUGGAAGCAGGCACGCCACAGAGAACGACACAGGUUCUUGGGCAGAACAAUCAGCCAAUUUUUGUACCAGGAGCAAGCAGUACAGUUCCAACAAGUGAUUUUGCAGACUUUGUUCAAUCCAAAAAACCAAGACUCGACAAAGAAAAAGCAACACGUAUGCCCAGAAACGAACUUAUGGAUUUAUUAUUUGCGGCAUUUGACAGAUACCCCUACUGGUCAUUUAAGGGUAUUUUGGAAGAAACAAAGCAACCCAGUCAAUACUUGAAGGAAAUACUCAAUGAGAUUUGUAUCUUAAACAAGAGAGGGCCUUAUGCUGGUAACUAUCAACUGAAACCAGAAUUCAAGCAGAGGCUUUCCGCAGCUGAAAAACAGAAUGUGGUAGAAAAAUCACCAGAAGAGGCUACAUCAAGUGAAGAUGAAGAGUUCAUGGAGGAUGUGAAGUUGUAGUGGAUUUGAAAUGAAAAAAAGGAAAGAAGGACAGUCUUGUUCGAUAAUAAAGUCUAUAAUUAGAACAUAGUCUCUAAAGUAAAGUGUACUUUUUGUUAAAAGGAACUGUAAAAUAGACCUUUUUGAAUAUUGAAAAUGCACAGUAUGAUAACAAAAUAAAGGACAUCUUUUAUCAUUUUUUCCAUGUAAUAAACAUGAUGCUUCCCAAACAAACAAUAUGCA